CCACACAGUGGGUAAGAAAAUCCUAAGGAUCCUAAGAACCAACCCUUUCCACCUCCACUCACCACCUGGGGCCCAACUCUACAGUGAUUGACACCAGGGUGAGCACCACACCUCUUUAUUCACUGCCAGACCAGAGCCUGGUGAGCCUGCUGGGCCCUGUAGCUGGAAAGGUUUCCAUUUAUGGAGUACUUGCAGAGUACAGAUCACAGGAGCAGAUUGUCCCUGGUAGAAUAUGGGAGCGGUGACUCCUGCCCUCCACCCUCUACCCCCACCAGACAAUUACAGUCUGUACUAGGCAGAUGAGCUUUUAACAGGCUGCUUCAAAGCAGGCAAAGGUGAAUUGAGAGAAAAAUCAAACAUUCAGAAUGUGAAGAUGCUGGCAUCUACUUGGCCAAAUCUAAGAGGUAUUCCUGGAAGAAGGCCCAACUAGAUUAAAGAACACUGUCAGUAGUUGGAAUAGAGUUGUGAAUUCAGGCAUGGUGAGUGUCCACCGGAGAAGCAAACUAAGCAGACUUGAGAGUGAAGGCUCUAAUAAGCUGGACCCUGAACCUCAGAAAAGGUGCAGGAACGCAAGCAGUAGCCAGAGCCAAAGAGCUGGAGAGGGUGAUGGAGGAGGGAAUGAUCUGUGAAAAUGUUGGAACGCAGCCUCUGGUAAGCAAGGUGAUAGAGCUGUCCCAGAGUUUGACGUGAAAAUCGGGACAAAGGAUUUAGAAGGAACUAUGGGGGUGAGCCUUAUGCCCAGAGGCAGAGCUGAGGCAUCCCUGACCGAACACGCUCCCCCAUCCCCAGGGAAACCCCCAGCCUCGUCCUCGCCUUUCCUGCCUGGCCUGGCCUAUCCCCACCCUCUGGUGGAGGGCCCUGUUGAUUAUACCCUGUCAACCUUACAUGCAGUGCGGAUUGCAUAAUGUUUCCUCCUUCCCAGUGAGCAAGAGCCUAAGGAAUGGCAAAAAGGGUAUAUGGUGCAGUCCUGGGACCCUGGCGUCUUGGCUCGGGAAAGACCCGAGUUCCUUUCACUGCAGAUCCUCUCCAGAGAUCUCCCUUCUUGCUUACUGUUCUUCCUUCGGGCCUUCCUUCCCCAGUGCAGCAAUCCCUGGGUCCCACCAGUGUCCGGCCCAGUGACACAGGGAAUGUUGAUUUCCCCUCCCAUUCUUCCGUCACCUGGUCUCUACCUUCUUCCUGCUCCUGUCUUCCCUGCAGCCAUCUCAAAAACCUUCAACCUGGUAUCUUCACCCCUUGUCCUACUCGAGACCUUUUUUUGUAAUGAAAGUGGACAGAGAUUCAAGGUAAAAGAACGCUCCCCGUGAUGGAACUCCUCAGAAUGCUGGAGGGAGGACUUGAAGGUAGAGUUCACUAGGAAUGCCUGUGUGUAUAGAUUCAUGAGCCUAAAAGAAGCUUCUCUGGGUGCUGGGUGUGUGCUCUGGGAGAUGCAAGCAGUAACACCAUUAGCAGCCACAGUGAAGCUCCAGGUUGAUGGGGAGAAGGAAUUGGCCUCAUACAGGCAGUAAGAGAAAUCUAGUAAAACAGAGGGUCCUACCCAGGAGAGGGUGGGACAUUGGGGAACAUUCACCCAAGUUUAUUUUAACCAUGGCCCAAGGAAAAAGAGGAGGCAACUUCAAAUACUAUCAGGAUAGAUACCACUAUCUGUGGUGCCCAAUAUCAGGGCUGAAAGAGGAGGUGGUGGUGUUCUCAGCUUAAGAGGGGGAUCGGCUGGAAAUGUGAGAACAACAGAAUUCAGUCCUUAAGGAGCAGAAUCUGGGCCUGAACCAAGUUCCGGUCCCUGCUGGGAAGGAAGGGGGUCCCCCUGCCACACAGAAGAGGCCGCGGAGCACCAAUAAUUGGGCUCCCUGCUAAGGGUCAGAUCCAUUACCCCAUGUGGCCAACCCUCAUGACAAGGCAGUGCCAUGGGCAUCACAACCACACGAGCCAGGUCACAGGUUCAGAGCAGCACCCAAGGAAUUAGGAGACUAGCCUAGUCUCUACCGAGAGGCAGGUUUAAACCUGGGCUGGUUCGCUUCCAAAUCUCACCCUUUCCCACUAUUCCAUAGGCUCUCCCAUUCCUGAGGGAGCUUGGAGAUGGAUGAGCAAGUAUACAGCCUCUUACCCGUGAGGAAGAGAGAUGGUGGUUCAAGGUGAAACCCAACCUGUUCCUGUGGCCUAAGGCUGGUUUGAGGGCAGGCAGAAGUCAUAGCCAGGAAUCCUUGCUGGGUUCAGCAGCCCCUGACUCACUCAUCUGAUACCAGAAAAAUGAAUCCAACCACCUCAUUGAGUUUUCCAGCUACAUCAAGCUCACACCUUUAUACUUUAAAACUUCUCUAAAAACUCCUUUUGGAAGGAAAUCAUUCUAAAACAUUACACUCAUAUGUAGCUCAUUGGUGGUCUCCAGACAGCGCUCAGCGGUGGAAGUCGGGGGUGGGAGCAGCCCCUGGGAGCCAGAACCUAAUAGAAAUCUUGCCGGGAUGCUGAGGAUCACACAGAAACCAAUGGCUCCUGCUAAGCUAUGUUUUCAGAAGUUACAACAGUGUCAGGGGGCUGUUUGCCUUUAUGCCAAAUGGUAUUAGAGCGCCUUUAAAUGCUUAUGACUGCUUUAAAAGGUUUCUGUGGUGUUGCUUCCCUACUACCAGGCUAUCAGGGGUCACUUGCUGCUCUAAAUGUGCUUCUGAUCUAUGUGUACACGAACACACAUGGACACAUUAAAAUUGUGAAUAACAGAUAAAUAGUCCAUAAUUGAAGACUGGAGAGUCUAUCCUAUGAGUAAAGCGCAUGAAUAUUGUACCUGCUCAGGAAUCCUUUCUGCUCCCACUAGACCCCACAAUGUUGCCCUGUAGUUGGUCUCUAGAUAAAUGAACUGUUACUGCAUGUUAAUCCGAUUACCAUUUGCCUCUUCGAUUGGAAAAGCCCACCAAAGAUUGCAAUAUGGAUUGUUCCCAAUAAUAGGAGACAGUUGGAAUACUUAAGACAAGGAAGGCAGCAUAGGGUAGAGAUGAAGAAGCAUCUUUGGCAUUGGAAAAAUGUGGGUGAGAGUCCUGGUGUCCCUACUUUUUUUCCAGCUGCAUGAUUGAUUUGGAGGCAGGCCAUCCGCCUACCACUCUGAGCCUUACAGCCAUGAGGAUGAAAGAUAUUGUAGGAAGACCUGACAAAAAUGGGGUCAGCAGGGGCCAGGAAAUCAGAAUGUUUGGGUGCUUGCAGGUGUCAGGAAGGAAGACCAAGAGUAAUUGGGCAGGAAACGAACAGUAAAUGAGACACCCAUCCUGGCUUUACAGAAGGCGGUAGACACUGGGUCUGCCUUGUGUAGCCCAGAAGCCCUGGUGGCUGUCCCAGAGAGGGACUCAAGGGGAGGGGCUAGCACUCUGUACCCCACCCUUCUUUCCUGCUCCGAUUAACACUAGGCUGGUGGGCCUGGCAGGGAGGGAGAAAAAGGAAGUCCCCACAAUGGUUUGCAGCACCUGAACUUGGUGAUGAAAGGAAGCAGCACAAACAAAGCAACCAUCUCUCCUUCCUCAAAGCCCCAUCUACCUAGGGACCAGGCUGGGAAACGGGUACUUCUCUGGGCCUUAGCCCAGAAGGGGUGGUGUGGGGAAGGAGAGAAUGGCAGGGAAGCUUGGUGGCAAGGUGGGUGCCUCCUGUCUCUGCAAUUCUUUUGGUUUCUACCUCUAGCCCUCCAUUUAGCCACAGAGCACCUACUCUGGGCUAGACUUUGGGCUAGGGGGCUGGGAACACGGAGAUAAAUCAUGCAUAAUCCUGGCUCCUGGAGAAAGACCUCUCGGUCCUGUGUCCCUGCCUCCUGCCUUCCUUACCCACCAAACCCUCGCCCCACUUCUCUGAGACCCUGUCUCUUCUGCUGUCUGACUUUGUUCUGUUAUGUCUUACCCGGACUCUGCAGUGUGUGUGCUCCCAGAGGGAAGCGACACAAAGGGGGGAGGGCAGAAAGGAGGGAAUCCCGCUGACAUCACUGUUCAUUAGCAUGUGUGACCUCAUCAGGGGCGGGACAAUUUCCCCAGGUGUCUAGGGGGGAGGACACGUGGUGGGGGGGUGGUAUUUAAAGGGAAAAGCUGACAGUGCUGCUAAAUGAGAUAGCGGUGCUGCUGGUCGCCCGGGCUGCACACACACGCACACCGAUGCAUUCGGACCUGGACGCCGACAUGGACACGGACACAGAAACCACAGCACUCUGCCCCUCCGGCAGCCACCAGAAUUCCCCACCAGGGACGCCCACACCAGAAGCAAAUGCCACCCUGCUGAAGAAGUCAGAGAAACUGUUGGCAGGGUUGGACCGGAGCGGGCCACCCUCUGCCCCCGGGGUCCCCAGACGAAGAGGCAGCAUGCCUGUCCCCUACAAGCACCAGCUGCGGCGGGCCCAGGCUGUAGAUGAACUUGACUGGCCACCUCAAGCCUCAUCCUCUGGCUCUUCUGACUCCUUGGGCUCAGGGGAGGCAGCCACCACCCAAAAGGAUGGCAUCUUCAAGGUCAUGCUUGUGGGGGAGAGUGGCGUGGGCAAGAGCUCCUUAGCGGGCACUUUUGGCGGUCUCCAGGGAGACAGUACUCAUGAGCCGGAGAAUCCAGAGGACACCUAUGAGAGACGCAUCAUGGUGGAUAAGGAGGAAGUCACCUUAGUUGUUUAUGACAUCUGGGAACAGGGGGAUGGCGCGGGGUGGCUGCAGGACCACUGCCUUCAGACCGGGGAUGCCUUUCUCAUCGUCUUCUCAGUCACUGACCGACGAAGCUUCUCCAAAGUUCCAGAGACUCUACUUCGACUCCGCGCUGGGAGGCCCCACCAUGACCUGCCCGUCAUCCUCGUUGGAAACAAGAGUGACCUGGCCCGCUCCCGGGAGGUCUCACUGGAGGAGGGCCGCCACCUGGCAGGAACACUGAGUUGCAAGCACAUCGAGACGUCGGCCGCGCUGCACCACAACACGCGGGAGCUCUUCGAGGGCGCCGUCCGCCAGAUCCGGCUGAGGCGGGGCCGGGGCCACGCGGGGGGCCAGCGGCCAGAGGGGGGCAGCCCCGAGGGCCCCGCGCCACCCGCGCGGCGCGAGAGCCUCACCAAGAAGGCCAAGCGCUUCCUUGCCAACCUGGUGCCCCGCAACGCCAAGUUCUUCAAGCAGCGCUCUAGGUCGUGUCACGACCUCUCCGUGCUCUGAGCCGCGGUCGCCAUGGUCACCGCGGUCGCCAUGGUCACCGCGGUCGCCAUGGUCACCACUCUCGGCUCGCCCGCUCGCCCCGCCACGCCCUGUCCGACUUCCUUUGUGAAGACAGCCAAGGCUGGAGGGGGGGGGGGGGGGGGGAUGUAGACUAGGAAACCAAAAACUCCCAGGACGCCCUGGUGUGACCACGGUUAGAGGGGGGAGGGGCGGUCUCUGAAAUACCCCUCCGCCCCUGGGCGCAGGAGGCAGUGCUCAGACCCGAGGGCGGGCGCGCCGGCGGGCAGGAAGGAAAAUCGUUCUGCAAGGUACGGUAUUUUGUUCAUUACUUCGCGCUUUACCACCUCUCCGGUAGAGACCCUAAAACCGAGAACUGGAAAAGUGCUUGGGAGACUCUUUUACAGGGUUUUCCACCUUUGUACUGUGCACGAAUAUGCCUCACCUUUAAGAGAUUCUUAAAGGUAAAGACACGGAGACCCUUCUUGGAGACUUUUCCUACAAUGUUCUGGCUCUUAUCUGCUGCACUUGUCCACUUUGCCUUUAAGAAGUUCUUAAAGGCAAGGGCCUGGUAGUGCUAUUUUUUGAGAACUGAUUUUGUGAUUUAUCACUACACCACGGCACUUCCCCUUUAAGGCUCUUAAAGGUAAGGUGUGGACAGACUUUUGCCUUCAGAUGCCAGCGUGAGGAGCUGAGCGGGGUGGUAACUCCCCUUUGGCCAGGGCCCAGGAAGUACCAGCAAGGGUCCACCCUUCCCUUUUGAAUAAAGAAUUUUUCUACUGCA